CUCCGCCUCCGCUCUCCCCCCAACCCCUCGUUUUUCCUCUGCGCAUUUCCUCGUUUCCAGCUGCCUUCCAGGCAACGACGCCUCGCCUCCCCGCCCAUUCCAUUCCCGGACCGAAUCCCCCUCGAAACGGUCAAAGCCAAAAACCAACCGCGCGCGGCGGCGGUAACGAGAACGAGACGCGCUUGCUGAAUCAGGAGUAGGAGAGUCGCCGGCGAGCAGCAAUGCCUUACUGCGAGGUGGGCAGUUACGCCGACGGCGACAAGUGGGAGGGCGUCCGCCUCUUCUACCGCCGCUACGGCCGCGGCGCGACCAAGGUGCUCCUCAUCAUCGGAUUGGCGGGGACGCACGACUCGUGGGGCCCGCAGAUAAAGGGGCUGACCGGGUCGCUGGAGCCCGCCGACGACGAGGCCGUGCGGCCGGACGAGGAGGCCGGUGUCGGCGCGGCCGGAGCGGCGGAGGCGGCCCCCGCGGAAGCGGACGAGGCCGCCGGCGGCGGCGAUGGCAUCGAGGUCUGCUGUUUCGACAACCGAGGCGUCGGCCGCAGCUCCGUGCUCCCCAACAAAUCCUACUACUCGACGGCAAUCAUGGCGACGGAUGCCUUGGCCUUGAUGGAUCAUUUGGGGUGGAAGAAAGCUCACGUCUUUGGCCACUCCAUGGGUGCCAUGAUUGCUUGCAAGCUAGCGGCAAUGGCACCUCACAGGCUAUGUUCGCUGGCAUUGCUUAAUGUUACUGGAGGUGGCUUUCAAUGCUUCCCGAAGCUAGAUGGGCAGAUGCUAUCUCUUGCAUUCCGUUUCUUAAGGGCAAAAACUCCAGAGGAAAGAGCUCUUGUGGACUUGGAAACACAUUAUACGAAGGAAUACCUUGAGGAGACUGUUGGGUCAGUUACUAGAAGAAUGGUCCUCUAUCAAGAAUAUGUGAAGGGCAUAUCAUCUACAGGGAUGCAAUCUAAUUGUGGUUUUGAAGGGCAAGUCAAUGCAUGCUGGACUCACAAUAUGACUACUAAGGAACUAGAUACAAUACGAUCUGCUGGUUUUCUAGUUUCAGUUAUUCAUGGAAGGUAUGAUAUUAUUGCACAAUUGUGCCAUGCAAAACGUCUAGCAGAAAGGCUUCUUCCUGUUGCAAGAAUGGUAGAACUUCAUGGUGCACAUCUAGUGAGCCAUGAAAGACCAGAUGAGGUGAACAAUGCACUUAUGGAUUUGAUAAAGGCCACCAAAUCUGCGAUGAAACCUGAAGAGUGGUCAGCCCAGCCUGAGAACAUAUCGGAAACCGGGGCACUCAUUUCUGCGAGACCCAUUACCGUCACGAUGCAAACAGAUGAAGGUGCAAAUGCUGCCGUAGCAAUCUAUAACUUGCUUGGCAAGCUGCAACUAAGCUUUCUUUAUCUCAUAGGGGUGAUAGUCAUGGGGUUUGAGCACAUGAGGAACAUUGUAAAGGUAAUGAAGCCAGUAAGGGUUGCAGCAGUUGAGUCAUAAGAUCCGAAGGCAUGUAAACUAUUCUCGAGACCUUGUGGGAGUCGAGAUGAUACUUUCACUUCUCCCCGGUACCUCGGAGAUGAUGAUUUUAGAGUACCAUCUCCAACAGAUAUAAACUGUUCUGACGAAAGGCCUGCUCCUGAUAGCAGAAUAAUACGAGACAGAAACAUUGAGAAAAACAGUGCGCGCCUGGACAGAAGUGUCUAAGGGCACGGUUGGUGUAUGUACCUGUACCUGUAAGAGUACCUGUAACUUGCUGCGCUGGUGCUGUCCACCAUGCUCCUGUAUCAUACCGAGAUUUCAAAUCGAUUCUUUGUUACGUUGCUUA